CAAUAAACUAAAAAUGUCCCGCAACAACACCAGCUACGAAUCCAGCGAAACUCCUUCGCAUGCUCCAACAGUUUCUCCGUUUGACUGACUAAACACCUACUUUUCUUCGCCAAUAUUAUAUUCUGCAUCCCACUAGUACCGUACCAUUUGCGCCAGUUGCAACUACAGAACUGACUUCUCUCGGCGAGUUCCACAAUUUAAGCAUAUAUUUCCAAGGUCAUCGCAUCUACAUCUCAAGGUCGUUCACUCCUACAAGGUCACAUCCAAUCAAGGUCGAGAGUGCUCGAGGUCAUAUAUGUUCAAGGUCACUCGAAAACUCAAGGUCACACUGCAAGGUUGCUCGGAAACUCAAGGUCACGUUUCAAGGUCACACUUCAAGGUCACGUUUCAAGGUUGGCACCGAAGGUCAGCUCUUAAAGUCGUUUGGCACCGAAGGUCGGCGCUCAAGGGCGUCCCAGAACAUACAAACCCUAUCUACUGUAUAUGUAAGAGUAUUUUACCAAGUAAAUAUUUACAAUCUACAGAGGUUAUAUCUGCCUGAGACAGCUUCUGGAAACGUACCGUCUUCCUUGUGCCAUGA